AUGUAAUUAUGCUAAUUAGAAAAAACUCAUAAAAUCUCUAACAGCAAGUCUUUUUGUUAUCACAAAUAGACUAAGGAUACCUACAUUUUAACUAUACAGCCUCCCAGCGAAUUUAACCGUUUACUUUAUCAUUUGAAUCAUCCAAACUUAUUACUAGUGGAAGAGUUUUGGGAAGAGAGAGGACAAAUUUGUUCUGUAUAAAAAUGUGAAACAAUCAAUGAUUUGUAAGAAGUAAGUAACUUUGUUAAAUUAGAUUAUGUAAAACAAUAAGUUCUCUGAAAAUACAAUAUUGACAAUAUUGUACUAGAUAAUAUCUGCUAUGUUUUAUUUGGAAUAACAAUAAAUACCUAUAACAGUAUCAUUGAAUAAUGUAUUUCUGGAUGAAUAAUUAUAGGUGAAAGUAUAAUAAUAAUGUUUAUUGUUAGAUAGAUGUAUUAAAUAUCACGAAUGCAUAACUUUCAUUUGCAUCCCCUGAAGUAUUAAGGAAAGAGGUUGAGUCAUCUGGAAUUUGGAGUGCAGGAUGCGUAGCAUAUUACUUAAUGAAAUCUGAAUUACCUUUUUCAGGAGUGAAUGAGAGAUCUAUAGCUUAUAAUAUUAUAUAUAGAGAACCACCACCAAGUGAUUUUUAAGAGUUCCCAUUGGUUAGUGCCUUGUUGAAAGUCAUUUUUAUAAAGAAUUGGAAGAGACGUGCAACUAUAAAAUAGGUUUUAUAAUUUUUAGCUUCCAAAUCUGCAACAGUUUAGGAACCUAUUAAAUUAUUAAGAUCUCCUUAAUCAUCAGUUGGCAAGAAUAAAUCUAGUAUGAUGUUAAGUAAAAUUGACAAAGUUGAAUACUCAGAAAAAUAAACUGAUAGCAUAAAAAUGGAUGAUAAAUAAUCUCCAUUAGCUAAGGUUCUUACAUUAUAAGAAUUUGAAGAACAAUUGUCUCGCAUGAAGGAAAGACCUCAAUCUUCAAUGAUUGAUGAAUCUAAUGAGAUUAUUAACAAAAUAAAAAGAAUGAGACCUAAUUCUGCAAUAACUUUAACUGGAAAAGAGUUUGUAAGAAAAAAUAUCAAAGAAGAAAUAAAUUAAAGAAGAUAGGUUCAAAGUUCAAAGCCUUUUCUUGUAAAAAAGAAUACGUAAUAACACUUUGAAAAACAUCAUAAAGAGAUUUCUAUAGAUUUAGAUAAUGUAGAUAAAUUAAAACAUAGUGAUACUAUAAGGGUUUAUAAUUUGGAAUAUCAGGACAAUAUCAUACAUCCAACAAAGAAUAAUAAAGUAUAUAUGAAAAUUUUGAAACCUAAAAUGGUUGCUGCUGCAGAUUACCCUGAAGGAUAGAUUUAGGGAAUGUAAAAGUGGAGAAAUAAAAUGAACUCAAUGCUAAUUUGA